CGACCCCGCAAGGCCUCAUCUGCAACCUGAGUGUUUACAAUAAUUGACAGUGUUGCCUGAUCGCAAUGUGACCUCCGGCUGACGUCUUCUCCACACCUCUCCUCAGCCUCACUCAGCUGCCAAUCAAAUGCACACGGACAAUAAGCUGGCCAAUCAUGGCAAGCAAGUUACCGGUGACGGACGAUCUCAAAUGGCCGGCGUAAACCUGCAGGCUCAGCCGCAGCCGCAGCAGCAGCAGCAGCAGCAGUCGCGACACCUGACGUUCCUCUUCCUCAAUCUCUAUUUGCUCAUCCUCUUCAUCAUCUUCCUCUUCCUGAUGUGGUAUUCUCACAGCUUUUUCUGUUUGCAUGUUGAAGAGGGUGUGACGCGCAGUAAGCGCCGUUGCGUCCUGGAGAAGAAGCAGCCAUACAGUGGAGAUGAGUGGUGCUCCGGACCUGAUACGGAGGACGACGAAGACAAGCCACAUUCGACGACGCAACGGGAGCGAGUACUGCCAGGACCCAGGCAGGGGCAACCUGAUCAUCCUCCUGCGGGGGCCGCUGGGUCUGGGCCUGCAAUGGCUUGUGGACCUGGACCUGGACCUGGACCUGGACCUGGACCUGGACUGAAGCCAGGACCACUUGCACUUCAGUCCUCGAAGCAGUUGUUGUAUGUCUUCACCACCAGCAUGGCCAACAGUGCUGCAGAGGCAGUAAUGAAGGGAAAGAUGGAUUCCAUUCUUCAGUUUCACCAGCAAAAUGUUCCACGAACCAAGUUAGAGCAGGGCCCCGCAUUGGCGAGUAACACAGAGAAGGUGAACUCCAGUGCCUCUCCGCCCGCAGGCACCCCCAUAUCCAAAAGUGGAACCCCGCGACCCAACUCAGCAGGAGGCGGCAUCUCCUCACUUGCAGCAGAAACGGCGACGUCAGGGGACCACACUGACAAUGGUUCCCCUCGGACCAGACAUGGCGGCCUCUCCAUUAGUAACUCGAUUCUCUCCCAUAGACCAGAGGGAGAUGGCAGAGGCACCCCUUUAGACCCUGUCUCAGGAACUGCACAUGAUGAGGGUCUUCCCAUUGCUAGUCUGUCUCCAUCGGGGAGUCCUUCCAUCCUGUCUGCGCAUUUACAGAGCGUCACGGGACAUAGAAGCGGCCCUGGGAAUGCAGGCGGUCUUUCCAAGGAGCAGCUGGAACACAGAGAACGUUCUUUGCAGACUCUGAGGGACAUCGAGAGACUAUUUCUACGCACUGGAGCGAGAGGGAGCCCUCAUGGCGACACGGGGGGUUCCAACAGUAACCUUACAAACAACGCUUCCAACGUCAUGAACAACAAUGGUAGCGAUCAAGGCGCUAUUCUCGAGGACGGCGACAACGGUACAAACACUGGAGAUUGCAGCAGCGGUAGCAUGGCGCUGUCAGCGUUGGCCUCUCUGAAGAAAUUUGAAGAACCAUUACAGUCCAUAAUGUCACAAACACAAUCGCUCAGCACUGCCACGCACAGCCCCGAAAUGGACCCUCACCAUAAUCUACCGCAGCACCCUCAUCAUCAGCUCUCUUCCCCUGGCUUGGACAUGGGCCCCUUACUUGGACCGGAGGGGCUGACCCAAGAACAAAUCGCGUGGCGGAAACUCCAAGAGGAGUACUACCACGAGAAACGGCGGCAACAGGAAAUGCAAAAUCCCCAACACUUUAGGAUGAUGACUGAAAUGGGCUUGCAUGGAGGUCCCAUGAUGAUCAGGGGACCCCCUCCCCCGUAUCACAGCAAGCCUGGAGAUCACCAGUGGGCUUCUGGAAAUAUGAUGGGAGGCGGCUUGCCUGGAAAUGUACGAAUGGCGGGCAUGCACCAAGAAGGUCCUGGACGUCCAAAGUUCCUAGCACAUAUGCAGAGAGGGCCUCCAGGUGGAGCAGGGUUUCCUGGCAGUCCAGGGGGGAUGUUAUCUGUCGAUGCUCUCGGACCCCAAAGGCCUACUAGACCAGGGAUUUGGCUUGAUAAUAUGCCCAGCAACAUGGACGGCGGAGGUUCAUUCCACGGUUGCUACCCUCCUCAACACUUGCAGGAUGACCCAGAACUGUUAACCCGUGAGGAAUUAUUUCGCCUGGCGGAGAAGCGGCAGAUGCAGGGUCUUCCUAGGUUUGAACUUGACCGGAUUAUUGCACAGCAGCAACAGGGCAAUAUGGGAUCAAGAAUUAUGGGAAAUCCUGGGGGUCCAGACAUCUCCAAUUUAGGUAUGGGCAGGGGUCCACCUUCCAAUCAAGGGGAUCCUAUGGACUUUCCUGGUUCACGGGAUAUGAUGGGCUCCCCUGGAGGAGGGCCUCAGAUUAGAGACUUAAUAGACACCCCUUUGGGGAGCAACCUUUCAAUAAACAUGAACCCACAGAUGAAUAUUCAGCAGCAGCAUAUGACUCUGUCGCAAAAGCUCAGAAGGGGCCCAGGAAGUGCGGGGCCUCUGAGUGAGUUCUUCAGCCCUGCGGAGAUUGCGAGAAUACGAGCGUCACAAAAUGAAAGAAGAAAUAUGGGAAUGGUUUCAGGACCUGAUGGACCCUUUCGUUUUCCAACGCCUAGCCCUUUCUCCGGUGGACCGGGUGAAGGGCCAUAUCCUCAACAGCCUGGUCCCGAGAUGUUUGGGCCUGAGCAGGAGGCUCGUAAUUCGAUGGGAGGUACGUCAAGGCUCAGUCAUAUGCCAAUCACUGGAGAGCUCAGAGGACUGGGUCCUGGUCCUCGGCAUCCUACCGACCUUUCGGUUAAUGUUCACCCACUGACGACUCCUGCGGUCCAGCAUCCACACCAGCUCAAUUCACCAUCCCUUCAUCGAGAGCCACCAGCUCAUCUUCCCUCUCCAUCUGCUCCAGGCCAGAAGUCACCCUCAAUUAUCGCCCCCGCAGGGCCUCACCCCCCUCUUCCCCCUGCUUCUGGUGCAGGGACACCUUGCUCUUCUUCCAUGAAAUCGCCCCAGAUAAUGGGGUCUUCAAAUCCUGAGUUGCACUCCCCAUCUAUCUCACCUGGACGACUUAAGUCCCCGGCUAUGGCUAUCGGCUCUCCCGCGUGGAUGUCUCCGAAAACAGAUCCUUCAAGUCCAGGUGGUCUAACAGGUGUGAGGGUUGCAGGCAACGGAGGAGGUCAUUGUGAGACAGGGCGUUCACUGCACCCCAGAAGUUCCAACUCCACCCCAAGUAGCCAAGCAGGCUCGAUGAAUCCUAGUAUGACAUUUGCAACGUCGCCUGAUACCCCCAAAACACAGAAUCCUUUGUCGCUGAUCAUGUCUCAGAUGUCCAAGUAUGCCCUGCCCAGUUCCACUCCCCUUUAUCACGACGCAAUCAAAACAAUAGCAACUUCUGAUGACGAGAUGCUGCCCGACCGACCUCUUCUGUCCGGUGUCAGCAUGGGAGGAAACAUGGGGAACCCGCCUCCAUCCCAGAUGCUGGUCUCCCAGAGUUCCAUUGGUGCCCAAAGUGACUCUCAAAGCCCCGUGGGAAUCCCAAGUCAAGGUCAGCAGCAGCUAUCCCACGAUGCCUCAGAACCAGUGCUGUCUUCUCCAAACCCACUGGGCCUUCCUGUUAUGAGUUCCACCAUGAUGGUCGGAGGAAGUGAUGACCUUGGUCCUUGCAAUGUUUCACCGAUCUCUCAAAACCAGAUGGCGGCUUUCCCCCGUUUACAGCCGUCGUCUCACGUCCAUAUACGCUCACCCAUCAGCAGAAUGUCACAGAACUUCCCUCAGUCCGGCGAGGAUAUUCUCCCAUCUCAGCAGCUGCACCUGAUUGCUAAAGACUCCCACCAACGCCACCCUCAUCCCUCAGAGUCCUUUCCACCUCUUCCCAUGGGCGACGGCCCGGAUCUAAGCGAAGUCAUCCGACCUACCCACUCUGGGAUUCCUGAGUUCGACCUGUCCCGCAUCAUUCCCUCUGAUAAGCCCAGCAGCACUCUGCAAUAUUUCCCGAAGAGCGAACCGCACCAGAAUCCAAACCAGGGGCCCGGAUCACAGCCGCCACCUUCCCAGCAGCUCCUCAAACACUUGUCUUCCUCUGGUCCUCCACACAUCUCGUCAUCCAACCCCCACUUGGCCAAUUUACAGAACAUGAUGGCCGAGCAGCAGCUGACGCCUCACCAGGGGCAGGGCGGACUCAGCCAAAACAUGGCCGUCCUCCAAGGGGACACCAGGGGAAUGGUGUCCGGCGCAGGCAUCGGCCCCAUGUGCCCCCCGGGACACAUAUUGGGAAGGACAGGCAUGGUUCCCCAGCAACAGCAAGCCAUGAUGGCCAACAGUUUUCUUCACCAUCCCUCCGGUGCCUACCCGGGAAUGAUGUCACCUCAACAGCACCAGCACAAUUUGAUGGCGCGGCAAAACGUGAUGAUGAUGCAGGCUAAGCAGCGCAACAUGCCCAUCCCGGGAGACCCCUUUGGCCCCCAGAGUGCUUUAAUGUCCCCUCAGGGUGCCUUGAUGGCCCCAUCCCACGCACAGACUGGAAUGAUGGGACCGCAGUCCUUCAGACAGCGGGGGAUGUCUCUGGACAGCCCCAUUGGUUACGGUCCUGGCGGUAUGGCCAACAUGCCUUUUUGAUCCACCCAACGCGGCCUGGACAAGUGUCUCAAUUAUGUUGCCAUUGGAAUCCAUGAAUCAUUCGUUCCUUCCGCUUUAAUUGGCAGUCGAACAUUGAACAACAAGAAAAGUACUCAUUGUUUUAGUUGUUUUUUUUUUUUUUGUGUAACAGAAAAAAUGAAAACGCAAGUAAUUGAUUCCCCCUAAAAGUUUUUGAGUUGCCAAAAAUGACUGUUUAAACUGGAAACAUACGACAUUCCAUGAUCCCAAAACACUUGUGGUUUCAUCUUACAACAUUACCUUUAAAAAUAAUUGGCUAACUGAGGAUUCAUUUCGGAAAAAUGCUCUGAAAAUGUGCAUGUACAUGAACUUGCGGCGAACACUCUCCAUAACUUCCACUAACAUCCCAGGCAAAACUUUGCUCCUCUGUCGUUCACUAAAGUGUAGCGCUCCAACUUCCUUGAUAACAAAUUUCUAUUUUUAAGCCUUCACAUACAAUACAUCACAUAAUUGUCCCAUGUUAUAAUAUGGGCAACAGAUAAUGGUCUGGACAUCUUGUGAAGAAACAAGAAACAAGCCAAUGUAUCUUUUCUAAGUCGUGCUUGUUACCACAUUUCCAUUUCACGCAAAUUAAACCAAUUUAGGACCGUAUUUUCUGCACUAUAAAACGCUUUGGAUUAUAAAGUGCACCUUCAAUGAAUGGCCCAUUUUAAAACUGUUUUCAUAUAUAGGGCACACCGCAUUAUAAGGCGCAUGGAAUAGAAGCUGCAACGGUGGCUGCGGUUUCGCUGUGCAUCCACUAGGUGGUGCUAGGCUAAAGGAAUACAAUACAAUACAAUGCAAGACAAUGUAUUGCACUGUCGGCCUGAGAAAAUUGAAUGCUUUUGGGUGUGCCUUUAGUGUGGAAAAUACGGUAUUUUAAUCAUACUCAGUCCUGUGGCCUGUUUUUCAAUUUUUCUAUAUUUAACCGUCCGCUCACAUUUAAGUAUGAACAAUCAUAUAUUUUUGCCCUUUUUUGUGUUACAUUAAAAAUUAAAUAAAUCAUUGUUUUAGAUGUUUUGGAUUGCCAUUUGAAAAUGAAUAGAACAAAUUUUGCACGGAUUAGCGUGCCUAUGCAUUUUUUAUUUUUUUUAAUCGCGCUUGUCUUUCUUUUGGGGUGGGAGAAGAGAAAUUACAGAUAUCAGUAACAUGCUUUGCUACUGAUUUGUACAUUGAAAUAUUUAGGAGCACUGUAAAACGGUUCGAUAUAAAAAUUUGAAGAGCAUUUCUUAUAUAAAAAAGGAAAAAAACCCUGUAAAGUUUGUACAUUUCUGAGAUGUGCUUGUUUGUCGGAAAUCACAUGAUAGUUAAGUGUGUGUGUGUGUGUGUGUGUGUGUGUGUGUGUGUGUGUGUAUGAGAGAUGAAAUAAUAUAUACCUGCUGUAUAUAAGAUGCAAUUUGUGAUUGUUUGCACUCUCGUUAUAUAUAACUGUGUUUUAAUGGAAGUCUAAAAGAAAUGGAAGAGUGAGAAUCUCUAUGGUGGGUUUUACUUGGGAUGGAGGUUACUGUUUGAUAAACAGACAAUGAAACACGGUUGCAGUCAAAUAAAUGAAAGCCUUAAUAACC